CCAGUCAAACUACUCCACUUUUUCAUCUUUUGUCUAAAAAGAAAGAGAAAAAUAAAACAAAUUGGAACAACCGGUUACCACCAGACCAGACACCUCCGGCCACAACCAACCGCCAUACACCACCUCCGACCACCAUCCGUGUAACACACAUCCGCCAUCAUAAACACACAUCUCCGCCCACCAUCAACACAUCCACAUAAUAAGCAACAUAGAGCCUUGUGGAUCGACGCUUCUAGAUACCAAUGAUUUUACUUGAUUCAACUCGAAUUAAAUAAACAUAAAAUAUAUACUCACUAAUCAACCACUUCAAUCCCAAUACACACACACACACACAUAUAUAUAUCACUUAUUAUGCAGUCAGUAACAAAGUUUUGGCGUUGGGAUGGCAACCGAAAAUGCGUUUUCACAGUGUUUUUCACCAUUUUACUUAUCCAUUGUAUCGCCAUACUAAUAUUCACAAGUGGUUUUCUCCUUACACGAACUGAACUUCCUUAUUACAGCCAUUGUUCAGAUGUUACUCAAUCUCCAUGUGGCGGUUUUCCAUCUCAUUUUCAAAAUCAUACUUCUUGCUGGACCAAACCUGCCGUUAAUCGUGUCGUUAUUAUCGUUCUCGACGCCCUCAGGUUUGAUUUUGUUGCACCAAGUACCUUUUUCGAAGAGAAGAAACCAUGGAUGGACAAACUACAAGUGCUACACAAACUUGCAUCUGAUUCAGAAUUAUCUGCCAGGAUUUUCAAAGCUAUUGCUGAUCCGCCUACUACAAGUUUGCAGCGUCUGAAGGGGUUGACAACAGGUGGGCUUCCUACUUUUGUUGACAUAGGAAAUAGCUUUGGUGCCCCAGCAAUUGUUGAAGACAAUCUCAUGCAUCAGCUUGUUCAAAAUGGAAAGCGAGUAGUGAUGAUGGGAGACGAUACUUGGACACAAUUGUUUCCUCAUCACUUCAACAAAUCAUAUCCCUACCCAUCUUUCAAUGUUAAAGAUCUGGAUACUGUAGAUAAUGGUUGUAUCAGUCACCUAGUUCCAACCUUGUAUGACGAUGAUUGGGAGGUUCUUAUAGCACAUUUUCUCGGAGUGGAUCAUGCUGGUCAUAUAUUUGGUGUAGAUUCUGUUCAAAUGAUUGAGAAACUGCAGCAAUACAAUGAGCAACUCGAGAAAGUUGUGGAAGUGCUCCAGAGCCAAUCUGGUAAAAGUGGCCCACAUGAAAAUACUUUACUUCUUGUUAUGGGUGACCAUGGACAGACAGUAAAUGGCGAUCAUGGUGGUGGAACUCCCGAAGAGGUUGAAACAUCAAUCUUCGCAAUGAGUUUCAGACAGCCUUCACAUCCUGUUCCAUCAGAGUUUGAUUCGGCUUCCUGUAAAGCUGAUCUGAAUGGAAGAAACUUGUGCAUUAGUUCCAUCGAACAGCUUGAUUUUGCAACAACGGUGUCUGCGUUACUUGGAAUCCCGUUUCCUUAUGGAAGUAUUGGUCGUGUUAAUCCAGUGCUGUACGCUUUAGUGGCUGGUACAUGGAAUCUUGAAGGCUAUGAUAUGAGUGGGAUUCAUAGUCAAUUAAAACUGGAAGAAUGGAUGCACAACUAUGCAAAAGUACUGUGUGUCAAUUCUUGGCAGGUGAAGAAAUACAUAGACGUGUAUACAGCUUCAUCACUUAUAGGAUUCUCCAUCGAAGACUUGAAGCAUGUAGAGGAGAUAUAUGCCGAGGCAGUGAACUGGUCAGCUUCCCUGCAAAAUCUAACAUCAUCUGCUGCUCUUAAGAAGCAAAUAGACUUGUAUUCUAAUUUUCUGGCAAUUGUUGCUGAGCUGGCUCGAACAAAGUUCACAGAGUUUAACUUAAGGAUGAUGGGUAUUGGUUUUGGCAUUCUGUUGACAUCUAUAUCUAUCCCUUUACUUGUCAUCAAGAAGGUGAAUGAUGCAUAUAUAGAUUUUCCCUCCCAUGAAACGAGUAAUUUGUCCUUCGGACUGUUUGUUAGCUGUACCAUAGUGGCUGCACGGGCAUGUAGCUUCUUAUCAAAUAGUUACAUAUUGGAAGAAGGGAAAAUGACAAUAUUUUUCUUGGCCUCCAUAGGAAUGUUGGGCUUACGCCAUUCAAUCAGGAUAAAGAAGAUGAUAUUUGAAGGUGGUGCAUUUGUAUUCUUGAUCUCCAUUCUGGGAUUCAUAAAUGAACUUGGACUAUCAAAGCAAGGUUCCCAUGAAGUAGUGGAGCUCGAUAGUUGGAUGUAUGUAGCUGAGUUAGCGCCAAUACUACCGUUGAUCAUAUUGGCUUACCUGAUGUAUAAAGUUAUAGCUUGCAGUUCUUGUAACUGUCUUUUAAAAUUUAUUUUAAUAGGAAGUAUAUUUAGUUACAUUCUAGUUGCUUUACAUUGGACCUUAGAAAGUAGCUUAUCGGCACCACCUAUAUUUGAUGGUUUAAAAGGCAAUGUUGUUCCUCGUAUAAUAUACAUUUUUGGAAUUGCACAACUAUUUUCCCUUGCAGUUCUUCAGUUUUUUCAAAAAGUCAAAAGUUCAAAGUGGGGAGAAACAACUGUGUUAAAGGCAGUGGCUAUGUUAUCUGUAUGGAGCUCUACUCUCAUAAUAUUGUCUGGAAAACAAGGACCCUUCAUUGCUUUGGCAUCAGUUAUUGGAGGCUGGUUAAUAUCGCGGUUGAAAGGUUUGGACCAGGAUGAUAAGGCUGGUCUUUUGGCUCUGUAUUCUUCCCCAGUUACGCAGUGGAGCCUUUUGGCAUCAUGUCUGUUCUUUUGUACUGGUCAUUGGUGUGCUUUUGAUGGCCUGCGGUAUGCUGCUGCAUUCAUUGGGUUUGAUGAAUUUACUGUGAUACCCCAAGCCAUCCUUUUAACAGUCGAGACAUAUGGCUUUUCUCACAUUCUUCCAACUCUUGGACUUCCAUUUCUUGUUGCGUCUCGAUAUUCAUCUAAUGAAGCUAAGUCGACAAGGCAGUCCUUAAUUCAGUUAUUUCAGGUUUAUCUGAUAUAUGGACUUAUUAUGACUGUUACUACCACUUUCACUGUACUUUGUGUCAUAAUUCAACGACGGCAUUUGAUGGUAUGGGGAUUGUUUGCUCCGAAGUUUGUUUUUGAUGUAGUAGGACUUCUAUUAACUGAUGUCUUGAUCUGUGUUUCUUCGCUUCUGUAUUUUAUUUAGAAGGGAAAAGCUAACAAAUGCCACAGGGGCAUCAUUUUACCAACAUUUAUUAUCUACAAAUUUCCAUGUUAUAACUCAUUUGCAUUUAGUAUAUUGUUUUUAUUUUUA